CCGAACUACUUUCUUACAUUUCAUUUUUCUUCUCUUUCUCCUUCUACACCUUUAACAAAAUAUUAAACUUGUGGAAUAAACAUAAGCCCUCUAUAUCUACUGGCUAUAUAGUGUCUCAUUCUUUUCACAAAUCUAAGCUCCCUUAUUAAAUUAUUAGAACCUUUUUACCUCUCUACUCCUUUCAAUCUCUGCUCUAUUGUCCAAUCCAGAGAAAGAGACAAAGUACACAGCUUAAGUUUCACUUUCUUGCGACAUAGUAGUUUUGCAACUAAGCAACAAGUAACAUCCUAUAGAAAUGUCUAACAGAAGAUCAAGACAAUCUUCAAGUUCCCCAAGAAUCUCCGAUGACCAGAUGAUCGACCUAGUUAGUAAGCUCCGUCUUCUUUUACCGGAGAUUAAUGAACGGCGCCGUUCUGAUAAGGUGUCAGCAUCGAAGGUACUACAAGAGACAUGCAACUACAUAAGAAAGCUGCAUAGAGAAGUUGACAAUCUCAGUGACCGUUUGUCGCAGCUCCUCGACUCCGUUGAUGAAGAUAGCCAAGAAGCUGCCGUCAUUAGAAGUUUACUCAUGUAAACCUUCCAAUAUAUUGAUUUAUUAUAAUUUCUAUGAUAUAUAUUAAUUUAUAUGUAAUGUUGAUCGUCCUUAAUAUAUAUUAUCAAGCGACGUGUUUUUUAAUGAGCUUCGGAAUUUUGGUCCAGCAAUUACAUUAAUUUAUAGUCUGAUUAUGUUCUGUACUUGCAAAAUAUACAUUGAGAUGUCUGAAC